AUGCCUGCCGGAGUGACUUGGGGCCAGUACCUCACGUUUUCGUUUGCCGCGAUGUUCUCCAUGUUAGCUGGAUCUCAAUUGGUACAUCAACAUUACAAACCACUGCAAAACCUAAACGAUUACAUCAAUAAUGAACUCAAAAACUUCCCUGAUCACAUUCAAGCCAAGAUUAGAAAGGAACUGCAGGAAGAAGGUGUUCUCAAGUAAUUUAGUAUUUAUUUAUUUAUUUGUAAGAUGUUAUCAGAAGUGUAAAUAGUUUAGUACUUUUUCUUAGAUUCAAAUUUCAAAUCAAUAAAAUGGUUGAAUUUUA